AUGAGCGCCGAUACUAAUACCAUCUUGUUGGUCAUCUUGACCAUCCUACUUCCUCCAGCAGCCGUCUUCCUGCACGAAGACAAACUAACCAAUAAUUUCUGGCUUGAUUUAGUGUGCUGUCUAUUCUUCUGGCUCCCGGGUAAGAAUAUUUCUCUUCUGAGUUCCAAUCUUCUGAGUUGUGUUAAUAUCAACCUCAUUGUGUUCACCCUCCCUAAAUGUUACCUUUUGCAGGCAUCCUAUUUGCUGCGUGGAUCAUUUGGGGCAAUAAAUGAAAUUCUUUUUUGGCACCGUAACUGUGGGGGUAUGUCAACAAAAUUGCAACCUUUCAUUAGCAAGGUUAGAGCAUGUAAAUCACAAGCGGAAGAGGCAGCGGUAAUCGCAAAAGAAUGUGCCGCGAUUCGAUCAGCGCUCAAGGAAGAGAAUCAUUCAUAUAGACAUCGGAAUGUUGCCAAAUUGAUGUUCAUAGACCUCAUGGGUUAUUCUGUAACAUUUGGACAAAUGGAUUGUUUGAAACUACUUGCGUCCAAUUAUUUCUUUGAAAAGAGGAUUGGAUAUCUUGCCAUCCCUGUACUUAUGGAUCAGUAUGUAGAUAUUUUGAUGCUUGCUACUAACAGUAUCAAAAAUGACAUUACCAAUGGCAAUCAGUACGUUAGUGGCUCCGCGUUGACUUGUUUGGCGAACGUGGGCACCCCAGACAUGAUUGAGACCCUUUCGGGUGAGAUUGACUCGGUGGUAGUGUCUACGAACCCUACAUUACGGAAAAAGGCUCUUAUUUUAUGUGCCAAGUUUGUUCGAAAUGACCCUUCUCGGGCUUUGAAGUAUUCCAAGUCAUUAUCCACAUAUUUGUCGGAGCGGAAUCACGGGAGCAUCAUUAGUUGUCUCGCCUUGGAGGAGACGAUUAUUAAGAUGGCAGGACAGGACAAGACGGUGCUCCAUAACGUGUUGAAGACGGUGGACACGUUGAUAAAGAUUGAGAAGGAAUUGAUUCUGGCGAGUCCCGCUCUUGCCGGCAGUAGUAGCGGUGGUGGCCACAACCAAUAUGGUAUUCGGCAUGGCGCAAUUACCUUGGCCGAGUUUGACUAUCAGGGUCUAUGUGAUCCGUUCCUGCAAGUGAAGCUCCUCAAGGUACUGACUUUGAUCCUCAAGGCGUUGAAUGAGCCGUCUUUGCUCGGUACCGGUCAGGCCAGUCCUGGGCAGUCUGACAUCGAUCCGUUAGUACCCCGCGCCUCUUCGCCUUUUGACCAUUUCCCGGCGUCCACCAAGGCAGCAGCGGCACCCACGGAACCGGUGGACGUAUCGGCGAUUUGUGGCUCUCUGGCAGAGUUGCUCUCGAUCCUCCUAGAGCCCAGCGAAACGUACAAAAGUUCCGCCACGGCCAUUGUUUUGGAGGCGCUUAAGUUGGCUACUGCUUUGCUCAAAUACCCCACGCCGGCUGGUUACCUCCUCCCCACUGGGGUUAGUCACCCAGCUGGUAUGACUCACCCGACGGGGGUCAGUCGACCGAGUGGGGCCAGACGUCCUGUCGUUAACCCUCUGGACAUGAGUUCCUCUUCCGAAGCGGAUUCUCCUACACCUGUGGAGACGUCUGCUCAAACCGACCCGUCUGCGGCGCAACCUUUGGGCUCCUGUUUGAUGGGGUCGCCAGAGUUGACUGCGGCGGAAGGGGAACCGAGUUGGUACGGGAGUUUGAAGGCUUCCUUACUGCAAUGGGUGGAUGUAAUCUUAGGCAGUAAGGACCCGACGGUGAAGGUGGCGUUGAUGUCAGUCAUGCAGGGGGUACCACCAGCCUUCUUCCGACCAAGUCUGAAACCGACCUUGUUUCGAUUGCUACAGGAGUGUGACAAAAGUGUGCAAACACGUGCGGUGGAGUGCCUGAGACACAUAGCUACGCCGGCGAGUGCGGUGGAGAUCACGGAGAAGCUUUUGGACUUUUUGAUGGUCGUUUCGGACCCGGUGCCGGUGGCGAAGUUGCGCGAAGAAAUCGCGCCGGCUGGCAAGGACGUCCAGGUCUCCGGCCGCACUGCAGUGGUGGUGAACGAUGUGCACACGACAGCGCGGAGUCGCGAGGUGAUUUACUCGGUACACAGCAAGCUGGUGAGUACUGUAAUCGACAGUAUCGAAGAUUUGGUCUCGGCCUUUGCGCCCACAAAAGCCUGGGAAGUACAGUCCUCGAUUGUGCUGUGCAAACUUGUCGGCAACAAUCUCACCCGCCAGACCCGACUUGCCAUGCACCACACGCUCCUUUCCUGUCCCCCGGAAAUGCACGCCUCCAUUUGUACACAGCUCGUGAACGCACUGAAAGACAACAUCUACAACGCACCCCUCGCCUCUCUCACUAUCUCCGUCGCCUCCACCGUCGCAGCCGAAUAUGGCGAACACGCGCUCGGUGACGUCGUUCUUAACCUCACUGAAACCGUCAUCUCCACCUACGGCCUAGGAACGACCGACAACCACGCCGAUCGCAGAGCCAACGCUCUAGUCAUCGCCGAUGCAGGCCACCGAGUCCCUGGUGUCUUCGGCCCCGUCUCCAUGCGAACCGUCCUGGACCCACCCUCCACCAAAGACCACAUCUUCGCAGACGACGUUAGCUGCGCUUUCCCCCGCGUCGUCCUGCCCAAGGAAAGCCUCCAGGCAGCAGAAGAUUCCGCCCAACUCCGAGCCGCCGUCGUCGCAGGCAUCGCCAAAAUCGGUGCCGCCGGCCACAGAGACCGAGCAAUCCGCCUUCUCCAGGGACUCAUGACGCGCAACACGGACUCGUUUUUGAACGACAUGGUUGAGGAGAGUUUGGUGGCGUUGAAGGGCAACGCGGAGGUUUUGCGGGCAGCGCCACUGCGCGAGGGUGUAAGCACGGACAAGCCGCUCGGGACGGAGUCCACAUUGCCGGCGGCGACGUGGGAACGGCCAAGCCGGUACUCGGUGCGUCGGAACUUGGAUUUGUUGGACAGUGACUCACCUAAGAGUGUGGGUCCUGUGGCGAGCUUGGAGGAGGCGAUGGCCGCCGUUUCAUUGGGGGAGAGUGUCCCGAAUGCGACGCUAGGCGUUGCUGGUAGUGUGGGUGUUGGUCCAAACGCGGCCGUGGGUUCAAGUGCAGCCGUCGGUUCAGGUGGUGUGGACUUGUUGGAUUUUUGA